CAAGGCAUUGAACAACCUGAGACCGUCUCCAACCGCGUACGGAAGGCAAAACUAUAACUCUCGUCUUUUAGAUAGACGGAGAGCGUCAUUGAGGUACAGUUAUGAGUUUCACGAGAGUGCGGGGGAGUUGACAUGCUUAAAAAAAUAAACGGGAUGAUCCGUUCUUUUGAAAUACUGACUAAGGGCGAACGCCGUCCGGAACACGGCGGGAAGUGAGAUGAAUCAUCCCGUCUCCUGCUGGAGCACAUCGGAGUGGAAUACUGGACAUGGACAUUUGUGCGGUAUAUAGGCGCAGGGGCAAGUUUAAGACUCUGCUAUAGUUUACAAGGACGCUGCAUGUUCACGUUCUGCGUCUGAACAUGUAAACAAUGGAAGUUGGCGUGAUAUUGGAUAUGGCUGCGCAUUUGUCCUGUUUAACAGAACGUCCACACAAUGAACUGCUUCAAAAAGUUUAUUUGAGAUACGUUAUUUUACCUGUCACUUAAGGUGGUAACAUUGCACUUCAAGGCGAUAUAGGAGCCCGCGACCCGAACGCACCAAGGAUGCCUACUGGUUUACCUCACUCGCAGUCUCUCUACAUUGGUAUGGAGGUAGUGAUCGCCCUCUCCUCGGUCAUUGGGAAUGUCAUGGUGGUGUGGGCUGUGCGGAUCAAUCGCUCUUUGAGGGACACGACAUUUUACUUCAUCGUGUCUUUGGCGCUGGCGGACAUUGCGGUGGGCGCGCUCGUGAUCCCGCUGGCCAUCACCAUCAGCAUCGGGCUCGAGACGCAUUUCUACAGUUGUUUGCUGGUGGCUUGCACCGUGCUGGUGUUGACGCAAAGUUCUAUCCUGGCUCUGCUGGCCAUAGCAAUUGAUCGCUAUCUCAGAGUGAAAAUCCCAAUGAGUUAUAAGCGUGUGGUGACGCGGCGGCGUGCGGGGAUGGCGGUGGUGGUCAGUUGGCUGGUGGCCAUCGUGGUCGGCCUGACGCCCAUGCUGGGCUGGAACAACCUGGAUCGUCUCCGCCAGGACAGCAACGGCACGCUGGCGGCAGCGGCGGCGGGCGCCAACCCGGUGGUGGUGUGCCAGUUCGAGAACGUCAUCAGCAUGGAGUACAUGGUCUACUUCAACUUCUUCGGCUGGGUGCUGCCGCCGCUGGUGCUGAUGCUGGCCAUCUACGUCGAGAUCUUCUACAUGAUCCACCGGCAGCUCAACAAGAAGGUGACCGCCAGCCACACCGACCCCAGCCGCUACUACGGCAAGGAGCUGAAGCUGGCCAAGUCGCUGGCACUGGUGCUCUUCCUGUUUGCGGUCAGCUGGCUGCCCCUCCACAUCCUGAACUGCCUGACGCUGUUCUGCCCAGAGUGCCAGAAGCCCAUGUACCUGAUCUACAUCGCCAUCCUGCUGACGCACGGCAACUCGGCCGUCAACCCCAUCGUCUACGCCUUCCGCAUCAAGAAGUUCCGCAGCGCCUUCCUCAGCAUCUGGGAGCGCUACGUGUGUUGCCGGGAGACGGGGCGGCUGCGGGGGCGGCCCAGCCCACAGAGGGGCAGUCACGAGCGCCGUCUGCGCUCCAACGACGGCAUCUGAGAGUACCCCUCGCCGGGACGAGACGUGACUGAAACUGAGGGCACAUCAGGGAGAACAUCAGAGAGAGAGAGAGAGAGAGAGAUGAUGGAUAGACAGAGAUAGGAAAAAGAUGGAUGAGAGAGAAAGAGAGAGAGAGAUGUUAAGAGACUCUUUUUUUUUAAGUGUCCCUCAUGCGUGUGGCCCAUUUAUCAGGAGUGUGGUCAUCUGUGUUCCGUGGACCAUUUGCUUCUGUGAUGUCUCACUGUGGUGGUGAAGUUCCUGAACACACACACACACACACACACACACACACACACACACACACACACACACACGUAUGUGGCAUUAAAAGCUUUCAGGCAGCUGGACCAGCCCAUCUCCCUUCUCAGGGGUCUUCAUCAGAGAGAGGACGUUUCACUCUGAGAGAUGAGGAUCCAGGGCACAUUGUGUGAUUGUGGAGCGGAGCGUUGAAAUGACUCCUGGCAGAUGAGGACUAUGUGGUUGUCACCAUUAUAGCAAUCACAAAGGCUGCCCUCAGAACGCGAGCACCACACACACACACACACAAACACACACACACACACACACACACACACACACACACACACACAGACACACACACACACACACAAGUACACACACACAGGACCUGCAAUCUGUGAGGUGGCAUUCCUCUCUAAUGUGCCAUUUAGCUUAAUCUCUAGCCACAGAAGUGCAAACCUUAUAGGAGCAUUUACAACCAUGGCUAUUUAACCGGAAGGAAACACGCGGUUCACAGCCGGUGCCUUUCUAGAAGUGUGGGGACGAUUUUCAGAGCGUGGUGACGUUUCCUCCUCUCCUCUAGAUCUCCUUCUACGGAGUUAAGGGGCCGUACCGGCCAUCCACGCUGAAAUGUUGACGAGGCUAUUUUGGCCGAGGAAUAUCCAUCUUGUGUGACAGGUGGGAUAUUAGAGUGAAGUAUUACCGUUUGCUGCUCUCCCCACUUAGGGUUAGUCUAAUCCAUAGCGAGUGCGUCUGGAGGGGAAGCCCUGGUUCCUCUCAGGGUGGCUGAUCAAUAAGCUGGCAAACUGACCAGAAGACUGUGGGGGAUGGCAGGGGGGUGGGGUUCUGUUUAAGUGUUUUUUUUGUGAAGGUCAUUUGUUUCUUCCUGUUUUGAUUUGAAAUUCAUCUCCCUUAUGACGUUCAGUAGCUGUAAGAGGAAUUGGC